AUGUGCAAGUCUUGUGCUGGAUGUGUUCGCGUGCUGAUGAUUGUAUUUAACAUCCUGUUUACAAUCAUAGGGAUGAUUGUUUUAUCCGCUGCUUUGUACUUCUACUUUUCAACAUUCGGGGUUAGAGGUACUGAUCAGCACAAUAUAUUGGCUUACACUUAUAUCGUCCUGGCUGCUAUUGGGGCUCUGAGCUUUGUAUUGGGAAUAUUAGGUUGUUGUGGCUCAUAUCACUAUAGCCGAUGUUUGUUGGGCUUUUAUUUUGCUCUGUUAUUGGUUAUUUUUGCCAUCGAAAUUGCUAUCGGCGUAGCUGGGUUUGUUCAUAGAGAACAGGCACGUGCAAUUAUCCAUGAAACACUUAAAGAAGGUGUUGAAGAUUGGAAAAAUUCCAACAAUGAAGUUCGAUGGAUGGAUGCAAUCCAUGUUAUGUUCCAAUGUUGUGGUUACAAUGGACCUACAGACUAUGGUAUUGCUCAAGUCCCUUCUUGUUGUUUAAAUGAUCAAUGUGCUAUGGAUUUCGCUUUGCUCAGUUUUCAGACGGGUUGUAAAGAAAGAAUUGACAAUAUUAUGCAUAAUUUCCUAAUCAUAUGUAUUUCGGUUAUUACAAUAGCCCUCAUUGAGCUGAUUGGUUUAAUAUUUGCAAUGACUCUUUGUUGUGCUGUGAAUGGGCGUGAUCCAAACGCUUAUUAUCGUGCAGUACAAACAGCAUAAAUUGAUUUAGAAAAAAGAGGAAAACACUUGACCACCUUAACCAAUGUUUAAAUAAUUGAAGAGUUCUAAACAUACAAUUCUCCUAUAUGUUUCUCUCCAUGAACUUAUUCAUUAUGAUUAUAAUUUCCAACUUUGUAUUGUUCAUCUCUUUCGGAGAUAACAAUGAAUAAUGUAAUUUAGUUGUAUCUGUGUUGAUAUUCUUGUUGUUCAUUUCUACACAUACAUAUUUACAAUACUCAUUGAAUCAUUUCAUAUGAGUUAUCUUUUGCUAUUAUGUAUCUUUCUCCAUUUCGCCUUCAAAUGACCAAUUUCAUUUUCACACAAUCUUUAAUUAAUCCUAUCAUACAACACAGUGGUACUCUGUGUGUGUGUGUGUGUUUACUCAUGGUUAUACUUCUCUUCUCUUUUUUCUCAUUGUCACCAUCGUCUUCAUUAUUUUUAUUCGAUACAAAUAAGGAAUACUUGACGAAUUACACAAAAAAAUAGAAUCGCAAAAUUUAACACAUACGCACACACACACAACACCUAUAAUCGUAUCGUAAUAAAAAAACAUUUGUUAUAUUAAUUUUUAAAAAAAAAUGUGCCCAAUUUUUACACUCUUCUCUUAAAUUCUGUGACAGUAUGCCAUAUUCCAUGAGAAGUUGUUGGAAUUUUCUUUAAAAUUUUCCUAACGGUCAUUUCUUUAUCUUCGCGUACUGUGUGUGUGUGUGUAUAAGAGAGAUAGAGAGUGAGUGAGUGAAUAUACUACUACCAGGUAGAUAUGUUUAUUCUUUAAGAAAUUAUUAUUACCAAUAUUCCAUCAUUAUGUAGAUAAACAUUUGUGUGUAAUUCACUUUUGUCUUGUACUUUUUCAACCGGUUGCUUUUGAUAAUUUCAUUCAUGUCAUUCUUCAUUAUAAAUACAUCUAUCAACAAUUUCACCAUUGUGGUGUAUGUAUGUGUGUGUGUGUAGUGGUGUAAUGUCAUUUAUCAUGUUUUUUUAUUUUAUAUUCAUGUGUGUAUUUUUGUAAUUUGUUCAAUUUUUAUAAACUUUUCAUUACAUAUUACAUUAUAUUUGUUUUACAUUUGGUUUUGAUCAUUUAUCACAUUGAUAUAAUAAUGAUCAUCUAAUAGGAACAUUGAUAUUACGUUUUAUUCAUCUUCAGAAAUUUCUCGUUUUGAAUGAUGAGUUAUAUUAAUUUGCUGGAAUAGAUCUAAUCAUUCUGUAUUUGUUCAUUGUUGUAUUAUUUGUUAAUUUUGCUUCGGUGAUGAGAAUGUUCUCAUUUUAGUAUUCUGCGCACAUAUAUUCUAUUAAGUGGUCUUUUGUUUUUUUUUAAAAAAAAAUAUUGUUUAUCAAUUACCAUUUCAAAAUAUACAACAAAUUCCAUACAGUGUACUUUUGUUUUCUUUGUGUUUGUUAGUUGUUUAUUUUGUUUUUCUACUCAAUGCUGUGUGAUGUAAUACAAAUCGGAGUGUGUGUAACUCUAAGCGAAUGAGGUUAUUCAGUCAGUUAGCUACAACGUAAGAACAGGCACAUUUAUGCAUUGGUUCAAGUUGCCAUAACUAACUAGCACUACAACAUG